AUGCCGUCGUCGGAGCAGACCCCAUCUGCCACGUCUCCCAAGAUGACGACAACAACCGCGACAAGUAGCAGUUCCAAUUCCAAUUCAACCUCAAUUUCCAAUCCUACCAUCCUCUCCUCCUCACCACCCAAUUCCAAUCCCACCAUCCCCCCACGAACCUCGAGCACCGGCCUCAACAGAAGCAGCAUCGCAGCCUCAUCUUCAGCAGCAGCCGCCGCCAGCAGUGGCAGCCAUUAUCAAAACUUCACCCAGCCCGCUCCACUGCCGAACCUUCUCAGCUCCGUCGUAGAAACAGACCUCUUUGGCGGCAACCGGCACCGCUCACGGACUUACUCUCGCUCUCACUACCACCACCACCACUCUCACCCUCACUCACCUUCUCACUCGCCCUCUCACUCGCAAUCUCACCCGUAUGCGACAAGACUUCCCGCAACACCCAUCUCCAGCGUCGUCAUGCACUCCCAGCAGCCCUCGCAACCGCUGGACCCCCGGCGCUAUGAACACGAAGACCUCAACUUCACGCCUAAGCGCUCCUGGACCGACGACAAGGAAAAAGUAGUCCGCGCCCCCUUCGACUACGUCGCCUCCCACCCCGGCAAAGACUUCCGCUCCCAGCUCAUCAACGCCUUCAACGCCCUCCUCCAAGUGCCCCCGCACCGCCUCGAAAUCAUCACCAAGGCAGUCGGCAUGCUCCACGAGUCGUCCCUCCUCGUCGACGACGUCCAGGACUCGUCUGAACUCCGCCGCGGCUUCCCCGUCGCCCACAACAUCUUUGGUGUGCCCCAGACCAUCAACUCCGCAAACUACAUCUACUUCCUCGCCCUCCAGGAGCUACAGAAGCUGAACAACCCGUCCAUCAUCGCCAUCUUCGCCGACGAGCUCGUUAACCUCCACCGCGGCCAGGGCAUGGACCUCUUCUGGCGAGACACACUCACCUGUCCCACUGAGGACGACUACCUCGAAAUGGUAGGCAACAAGACGGGCGGCCUGUUUCGUCUCGGCAUCAAGCUCAUGCAGGUUGAGUCGGGCUCUAACGUGGACUGCGUGCCCCUCGUCAACCUCAUAGGCCUCAUCUUCCAGAUCCGCGACGACUACAUGAAUCUCUCGAGUCGCGAGUACAGCGACAACAAGGGCAUGUGCGAGGACUUGACAGAGGGUAAAUUUUCGUUUCCUGUUAUUCACAGCAUCAGAGCCGAUCCCACCAACAUGCAGCUCAUCAAUAUCCUCAAGCAAAAGACCAACGACGUCCAGGUGAAGAGGUAUGCUGUGUCGUACAUGGAAAGCACGGGCAGCUUCGAGUACACGCGUGAAGUUAUUGGUGUUUUGAUCGCGCGGGCGAGAAAGAUGGCGGCUGAUAUGGACGGCGGGGAUGGAAAGGCAGAUGGCGUGCAAAAGAUUUUGGAUAGGAUGGUUGUUGAUAAUAAGUGA